UUACCUGUUGCUUUUGUGGCUAUUAGUGCCAUUGUUGUGUUAAAAACAUCCUAAUAGUGAAUAUUCAUUGUUCAGUAGGGAAACCAAAGGGGUCAUUGUAUGUAGCUGACCUGAGGCAAAAUGAUCUUCUUUCCUUUAUUCAACAAGUCCACCAUUUUACAUAUUAGUCCACUGUGGUGCAUUAUGGUGCAUAUUAAAUCAUUGUAAAUGUUAAAGCAACCAAAAGCCCAGUGCAAAUUUAAAUGUAAUCCCCCCAGAUCGUAAUUCCAAACGUGGGAUUAAAUAUCAUACAUAGUCUGGGUUUAUAGGCCUCACUUUUUCCUAAACGGCAGCUGCAUAUAGGCUCAGUUGCAUCAGAUUAAACCACUAUUCAUCCGGGAUGCAAAUAAACAUGAUAGGGCGUUAAGAAGCUGGAGCGGAAAGGGGUGUGACUAGGGUGUUGUAUUUCAUGUCAAACCACCUGGAGAGGAGACACUUAAGGCGCGCUGGUUCAGGGUGCAGUAAAGAGUCUCCAGUCACUCAGAGAAGGCCACAUCACUUAAAUGACUGCAUUUGAAUAACUGUGUUGGACUUUGCAUUCGGUUCCCCUCAGGCAAUGGACAGCAGGAUUCGACCGCUUGGCCUCACCGGGCACACCGCAAACCCUCUCGGUGGUUUGCAAAUGCCCCCUUCCCUCCUGCGCCCUCCACCUCUCUUCCUCCGGGCUUGUAAUCCCGCGCUGGAGAGGGGAUACCCCCGCACCCCGAAGUGCGCCAGAUGCAGGAACCACGGCGUGGUUUCCGCACUGAAAGGCCACAAGCGCUUUUGUCGUUGGAGAGACUGCGUGUGCGCAAAGUGCACUCUCAUAGCGGAGAGGCAGCGGGUGAUGGCCGCGCAGGUGGCACUGAGGAGGCAGCAGGCUCAGGAGGAGAGCGAGGCCCGGGAGCUCCGGCUCUUGUACCCUGGGUCGGGGAUCGGGGGAGAAGCAGGGAUCCCUCAGGGGUCACCUGUAGGCCCUGGGGUGCCAGCAACUACCAUCAACACUGCAACAGCUCCUAGUUUUGAUGUUUUUGGAACAGAGAACCAAAAAGAUGAUGACAAAUUGAGCAAGUAUAACUUUUAUAACGGAUUCAUGGGUCGACCCCUGUUCGCUCCCCACACCACACGGUUGCCCUCUCCAAGUAAGAAGGAGCUGUCUCCAAGCAAAGACAACACCACUUCAUUCACUGAUGACAGUGCAAGUCCAUCCCCGGUGUUUGACCAGCGCUCGGACCACACAGAGAGUCCGCAGAGGUCGCUCUCCCCCUCGGAUCCGGAGUCAGGGAGUGAGAUGGAGAAACCCAAGGACUAUCCGGGCCUGGACCGCGACCCCACCGAUAUCAUGGCCAAGAUCUUCCCCCAUCAGAAGCGGGACACCCUAGAGUCUAUGGUGAGAACGUGCAAAGGUGACAUCGUCAAAUCAAUUGAACUGGUGUUGAGCGCCAAAGAGAACAAUGUUGACUCUGAUGGCUUUUCUCCGUCUAAUCACCCAAACGCGCUCAGGCCCUCUUUGCCUGGAGCGCUUGGUGCACUGGGGAACAAGUCAGCCUUCUCCCCGCUCCACAUGCCACCAACGGCCGCCGGUGGAGACAGCCUGUACGGGCUCAGCCCUCGCCUCGGUGUCAGCCCUUUAAGGCUGACCUAUUCCUCUGCAAACGGCAGUAUGGCAGGGUUUAUGUCACCAUACAUGACAUCCGGACUGAUGCCAGUGUUUCCAUUGCGUCCAACCUUGGACUCCUAUUCUUUCCCAGGCAUGAUCCGUGACCUCUCUUACCUUCAGAGCAAGGAGUCACUAUGCAACACAGGCCUUUACACACGGCUUAACCAUGAAAAAUGACGAACUAAAAAUCCACACAAUUAAAAAUGUUACUUCCUUAGUUGAUAUUAUUGUAAAUCGGCUUUCAGAUUUACCUUUAAAUUGCUUUUCAAGUGCCUCAAAAACAAUUUGUGUUGGUUAAACACAUUGCAUUCUGACAAUUCACUUUUUGUUUGUUUUUAUGGUGUUAAUUUUGUGAUUAUUGUUAAUUGUUAAUAAAAUCAUUAAAAGGUG